AUGGCCCGCUCGGACGCGGCGCUCGAUGCCCUCCCGCCCGCUCGGCAAAGGGCAUUCGAGGCUUAUUUGUGUGGCACGGUCUCUCCUGGGGCGGAAAACACGCGGCGGGGGAGGAACGGGCGCGGGCCGGGCGGGGAGAGCAGGAAUGUCUCCUCCCAGCCGCGGCAGGAGGACACGGGCGGGAAGCUGCGUCCCCGCCGGCGCGCCCGUACGGGCUCCGGUUACCGGGCGGUCCCCGGGGGCGGGGACGGGUGGGGCGGCGGCCCGAGGGCCCCCGGGCGCGCGGAGCCGGGCUCAGGGACUCGUCACCCCCGCGGGCGCGCUUGCGCGGCGCUGCCCCUACGCCCGGGCCGCGGCGGCCUCGCCGGCGCCAGCUCCCCGCUCGGCAAGCGCGGCGGCGGCGGCGGGCGACCGGGAAAACCCGAGCCGGAGCCGGCGCGGAGCGGGCUCGGGGGCGCGGCCGCAGCGGAGGUGGGGGUGGCGCGGGGCGGCGGGAAGAGCCGGAGAAGCGGCGCCGGCUGCGAGGCGCGCGGUGCGCGGAGGCUCCGCUCCCGGAUCGCGCACGUGUGCGGCGGGCCGAGAUGCCGGGCGAGUAGAGCCGGGGAAAAAUUCCCGGUCGGGUCUCGGAGCCAACGCCCCCCGUGA